AUGAUGUUCAAGAAGUCAUCGAGUAGAAAUCAGAGAUCUAAAGGCGUGAAGAUAAAACAUGGUCUGCAGAUUUUACUUUUGCUUGGUAUAUGCUUCUGGUUGAUAUAUCAAGUUAAGUACUCACAUGAUAAGAAGAGGGAACUGAAUGAGAAGGAUGCCAAAACAGCAGCAAAAGAAGAAAGUGGUCGUGCUGUGAAGUUUGGGAGAAAGGAUCUUCAUCCUCUUAGGGAUGAAAUGGCUACAAUCACGAAUCAUGUGGAAGAUGAAGAGGAAAGCAGAGAGGAGAUUGAUGAAGCGAGUACAAUAGAUAAAGAGGAAAGCAGAGAGGAGAAUGACGAAAACCAGCACAACGAAGAGCAUGAUGAAGAAACAAGUAAGCAAGAGGUAGGGCUGGGAGAAGAGGGGAACAAUCACGAACAUGAUGAAAGAGAGGAUGCAAAUGAUAGUGUAACAGAUCAAGAAGCUGCAAGGAGACAUGAAGAGGAAGAAGAGCGUGAAGAAGAGGAAAAUAGGAUUAAUGAUCCGGAAGUAGUGAGAGAAGGUGGAGAGGAUGAGAACGAUGAGCCUGAUGAAGAGAAAGUGCAGGGAGAAGUUGAUCGUGAAGAGGAGUUCAUAGAUGAGGAGAAAGAGAGAGAAGAGGAUAAUGAUGAGAGGGAGACUGAAGGUGAUGAUGGGGAGGACAAAGAGGGUCAAGCGGAGGAUGAGAAUGUUUCAGAGGAUGAAGAACACAAUGAGAGUGAGAGUGAGAGUGGUCAUAGUAAGCACGAGGCACGUGAAGAAAAUUACAAAGCUGAUGAUGCUUCCAGCGCAGUUACCCAUGACACCCUAACUACAUUAGUGGACUCAGAAAAGCUAGGAUGCUGUUUUGAAAUUUUGAAAGCGUGGCUCUUUGGCAGCUCAGCAUUGUGA